AUGGCCAAUAAAUUGACGGGUCAUCCAAUUAGGAUUGCUCAUGCAAAUGGUUCAGCGUUUAAGUGUUUGUUCACGCACACAAUUCAUGUCACUUCUAACAGGCUGGUGCAAGACACGGACAUUGUGGACUUCUCGCUGAAGAGCAAGGGCUUCAGCCUCAGCGUUCGUAAGAAGGAGGCCCUUCAAGCUGAGCAGGCGGUAGCCAUGCCGGUAGGAAAGAAAUCGCAAGGAUGCAGUAGCGGUAUUCUAACCUACAUUUUCCCUUGCCGCCCUUCCCCGUCGACAGCCCCGGCGCCGGUCGCCGCAGCCCCCGCAGCGCCGGCCGCGCCAGCGCCCGCGGCUGCUCCCGCCCCGCCCCCGGCCCCAGCUGCCCCUAAGGGCGUGGAGGUCACCUCCCCUAUGGCAGGUACCUUCUAUCGGAAGCCUGCUCCUGGCGAGCCGGCCUUCGCCAAGGAGGGCGACAAGGUGAAGAAGGGGCAGACUGUGUGCAUCAUUGAGGCCAUGAAGCUCAUGAACGAGAUUGAGGCUGAGGUGGGUGGUGAGGUGGUCAAGUUCCUCGUGGAGAAUGGACAGCCCGUCACUGUGGGUCAGCCCAUCAUGCUCAUUAAGCCCUGAGCGAUAAGGAGCUAUUGACGGGGUGCGCAUGGGUUCAGAGCAGGUUUCACUCCGGCUCGGGAGAUUUCCCAAACGUUUCCCUUUCGCAAGGUGAAGGGUUCUCGUGGCAAGGUGGUCGCGCUGGUUUGGGGAGGUUUGCGGUCUGGUAUGAAUCCUCUGCGUAAAACCGUGCCAUGGUCCAGGGUACCGUCACGCUAAGCUUGGUUUUCCUGGAUAGUCAGGAUGUGGCGUAAUGAUGUGCGUUAUGGCGACGGUUGCGUUUGUGCCGUUUGUGUUUGCUGAUCUGCGGUGUGCUGGUUGGUCGUGUAAAGGGUUUACAAGUGGGAAUUUGAACAUGGUGGCCUGCUCAAUUCGUGUCAUUGCAGCGGCGGCAAAGAACGUUCUUUGCAUGCUGCGGUUGUAGAGAGUGUUUUAGCAGAAAAGGUAGAGGUUCACCGUUCGCAGAUAUGGUUGGUUGUGCGAGCACAUCUACGCAGCUUGGCCUGGGCUGAUGUGGCCAGCGCUGACAAUGUUCCAACGAAGGCACCGAAUUGCGGGUGAUAAGCUAAAACGAAGAAUGUUUGUGUCGUUGUUUGGAAUGUACUUUGCGCGGCUGGCCUGUGCGAAUCCGGAAAUACGAUUUGACCAUUGGCCAGCAAAUGUUGCCACAAUUUUGUCCUCCCAAAGUGGUUGCCUUUGAACGUUGGCUCUUUGCGGUUUUAACUGGGAUUUGGAUUUGCAAGGCGAAGUCAUUGCACGGGGAUAUUCCUUCGCAGCAACGGCAGGUUGUCCAAGAAGAGUAAAAUUUUUGCCGUUCCGCACGGCCACGGCUGCAUGAACGGUGUACAGCAUGGUGAGUAAUAUAUGUAUGCCAUGAUCAGAUCCUGGUGUUCGCAGAGACUGCUCGAAACUGAUAUUUUGCGUUAAAACGAAUCCCGUGAACGAAGAUUUGUGGUCACGCAUGCGUUGUGUUACUUGUAACAACAGACGCGUGUCGGCACAAUUGAAAUCGGUAUGAAAUGUCUGUCAGCAUGUUGACUCCACAACGUGUGAGCCAUCUAUCGCAGGACGUAGCCAACCAGUACGUACAAUUCUAUUGCAAAAUGGGUUCAUGCCUACUCAAUUCUUGCGCGCGCAGCAUCUCGACUUCAGUUAAAACCGGCGCAAUUAUGAGUAAGGUCACAAGUGGGCGUUGUGCCAUCCCAUGCGUCGCGUGUGCAUAUGGAGUAUGCUUUGUCAGCGUCUCAGAACGAUCAGAAUACACAGCCUUCUCUUUGGAGAACAGCACGGGAACAGCGCGAAGCAUAUGAGCUACAGCAUCGGAAACCAUUUUUUCUUUCCUGAAGCAUGCCCACAUGUGGACCCCAAGAGAGACAAAGCAGCUUCAUCUCAGCGGCUAGCUCAGUUCAGUCCCUGCAUGGCGACAUACCGAGAACUCAACACAUCACGAGUUGGGCACCGGACACGAGCGACCGCGUGCACAGCCACAAAUCAUUUUGAACUAAUGGAAAGCGCGCCGACGUUGAGGAGGUCAAAUGGCAGCGGCAACAUUGAGGGUUGCGCAACCGGUGAGAUGAAUGGCCCUAGGCUUCGUCACACGCACGCGCUAUAUUUCCCGAAACGGGUUUAAAACUCCUAGACAGGAUGCUGUGUAACCAGCAUAACGAGAAGGUGGCUGAGUCCCUAUGCAAUUGUACCUAGAUGCAGAGCAUGCUUCGGUGAAAUGGGGGUUGCACAUGUGAUGGAGGGUGGCAGCAGCACCAUCAUGGGUCACCCCAGCAAGAGGCGGAGCCCCGGGAGGUUGCGCUGCUUCCACACCACACCCCGGACGCCGAUGAGAGAGCUCCGCUCUGGAGAGCUCACUUCACCGCCUGGGGCCCCUCCAAACCCAAACGCAACCCAAGAGGCAGCGCGGUUG